AUGCUCAGGUUUGAAGUCCAAAUUUUGAAAGUUACUUUAUUAGUGUUUGAGAAGAGAAUUAUCGAGAGUGAAGACUUGUUAUCCCCAAGCUCAAGCUCGAUUCUCGACUGGGGAGUUACUCCAGGUUAUCAACUUGAUAAUCCAUUUCCUACCAUCUCGUUUAUUACCAGCAUCAGCUUUGGAGUAAGCUUAAGGAUCUAUGCAACAGAUAUUGAUCACAGAAAAACAGCCACUUACUCAACUCAACCCAAUGAAGUUUGGAAUCUCAAGACCAAUUUUUUUGUAGUUGAGGCAAGUAUGAUAUUUGAUACGGUCAGGAAAACUGAUAUACUCAGAGUGUUUCAAUUUUAA